AUGGUCUGGGGCGGAGGGUUCCUCAGUGAGCUUGGGGUGCUUGACUUUGCUGGUGGGACGCCGGUACACAUCUGCAGUGGUGCAACGGCCAGUGCACUCAGCCUCUACCUCUCCUAUCCAGUGUUCCGCUCCCGAAGAUCCGAUGUCCGAACGCCUUCUCAUCUCAAGUUGCAUCGGCCGCACAAUUCCAUGUGUCAGUUAUUGGCCAUGAUCAUCAUCUGGGGUUCGUGGUUGGCGUUUGAUGCUGGCACCACCCUCACCCUCAGCUUCCAGUCGGUCAUGGCGCUCUGCGUGACGAAUCUGUGUGCGUCGGCCGGUGCCUUGACGUGGGCGUCCAUUACCUACUUCGAGACCGGUCGAUGGUCACUGGACUCGACGUUCAUGGGCGCCAUCGCCGGUCUGGUCAUGAUUACUCCCGCCGCAGGUUUCAUCGACCUUCCCACCUCGCUCUUCUUCGGCAUCUUUGGAGCCGUCGUCUGCCGCCAGGCUUUGCGCAUCAAGUUCACCGCCUUUGCGCGAAGAAUGCGGUGGGUCGACAAUGGGGACACCUUUGCCACCCACUGCGUCGGCGGCUUUCUCGGUACCAUCGGCACCGGACUCUUUGCCCAGAAGGCCGUGGCCGCCUAUGGAGGAGUCGAAGUGGACGGUGGUGUAUUUUUUGACGGCAACAUUCGCCAACUGGGCAUUCAGAUCGUCGAGGCACUGAUCGGCUUCACCUGGUCGUUCGUGGGAUCGUUUGUGAUCAUCGCCCUGAUUGACUGCAUUCCGGGCCUCGAGGUGCUCGCAGAGGACAAGGAAGUCAAUAUGGGGAUGGAUGCUUCUCAAAUGGACGAGAGCUUGUACGAGGCGCAAUGGGCCGGGGAAGAGGACUAUAAGCCUCUACCCAACGGUAAUAUCGUGCUGGACUAG